GAAACGGACGCGUUGCGCUCGGCUAACGGUGAAUGUGAAUGGCAGAAUAACGGUUAAGAUACUACCCACGCUCGUGAAUCUUAAACUGUUAAAAAACAAAUAUUUAAAUAUCGUUUUUGUGCAUUUGUGUAUUUAAAAGAGCUUGCACUUCGAUCAACAAUUGAGAUCUGAAUAAACUUUACUAAAAAACUGUUGAUCGUAUUUAAAAUUCUUGUGCAAUUUAAAUGUUAGUUAAGUGACAUGUUUCUAAUGGAAUACAAAAAUAAGGUUUUUAAGACAAAAUUAUAAAGAAAAGAAGCAACUGCUUAAAUCAAGAGCUCGAGGAGCAGCAGUACCACCUGAUAAUUACCACCUGCAACCCCAUCGGAGUCCCAUUGGAGUCGAAGUGCCCCCGAAUCAUGACGAGCAUCUCGGCGCUGCUCCACCGGAGCCACAGCCACAGCAACGGGUACACGAGCAGCGGGAGUAGCAAUCACAGCCACAGCAGCAGUCUUUCACCGCAGUUGCCCGGCAUCAGUUUGGGUUUGGGAAUGGCCAGUGGUUUGGGACUGGGAGCGGGAGUGGGAACGGGAAACAGCACCCCACCACCGCCGCCGGCUGACCUCGCCAUUCCAGCAGCGGCUCCUCCGCCCGUGGCUUCCAAAAUGCAUCACCACCAUCAUGCCAAUUCGAAUGCCAACCCCCACUCCCACUCACACUCCCACUCCAAUUCAAAUUCUGGAUCCCAUCACAGCCACGACCACAUUAAACGACCAAUGAACGCUUUCAUGGUCUGGUCGCGGGGGCAGCGCCGCAAAAUGGCCCAGGACAAUCCCAAAAUGCACAAUUCCGAAAUAUCGAAGCGCCUGGGCGCCGAGUGGAAAUUGCUCACCGAAGGACAGAAGCGUCCAUUCAUCGACGAGGCAAAACGAUUGCGGGCCCUGCACAUGAAAGAACAUCCCGACUACAAGUAUCGACCACGUCGCAAGCCCAAAACGCUAAACAAGUCACCGGUGCCAGGUGGAAAUAGUGGACCUGGAGCUGGUGCUGGUGCUAAUGGUGGAGCCAAUGGCAAUCCCGGUUCGGGAGGCCCAGGAUCGGGUGGCUCCCCAAAGGACAUGCAGCCGCAGCUGUCGCCUUUGGGUCAGUCACUGCCCCACCUCCAUGGACAUCCCCACCAGCCUUCCUACCCGACGCACCAUCCGCACCACCCGCAUCCCCAUCCACAUCACGUGCAGCUGGCCGCCGCCACGCUGAGCGCAAAGUACGGAUUCGGAUCGCCGCUGGAGCUGUCCCUGCCCCGCCUGCCGAACGCCUUUCCCGGCCUCGCCCACUAUCCGCUGGACCCCACGCUGGCCCUCGAUCUGCAGGCCCGCCUGCAGGCCAUGUACGCCGGCUCCAUCUACCAUCCGUGGCGGUACCUGCCGCUGAUCAGUCCGGAAACACCGCCCUCCCCGCCCAGCAGCAGUGGCACCGGCAUCUCCUCCUACGGCUGCGUCAAGUCGGAGAAGUCGUCCCCAAACGGGGUGGUGGCCAACACGGCCAGUCCGCCCAACAUCAUUUGACCGACUCCAUUGCGCUUCGGCGCCGGCACCACCACCUCCUCCUCCUCCGCAGAGCAUGUGGUUUAGGAUUGCUCACCACCAAGGGAGUCCACACUAUUCCCAGAGGAUCCAUCACGGAAUCGGCCACUUGGUCACCCCGCCCCGCAAGUUAAAAGUCCUAAUGUUAGAACCUAGUGUUAGUCGAAUAUUUGUGCGUGUCUUCAGUUUCAGCUCUUACAAAAGCGUAAUUUAAAACAGUUUCUAAAGAUUUUGUAAAAUCUCGAAUGAGUGGACUUUCAAGACUUUAUUUAAAAUUGAAUCCAACCUCAAUAAAAUUAAUUUAAAUAACAACCUUCUUGCAG